AUGGCGCAGAACGGAGCGGUCCCAGAGUUGCCAGAAUCGGUCUCAAAGCCUCCUGAAGGAGUUGUCCUUCCCCCGAAGGACAUACGAGCCAUCAUCGAAAAGACAGCAGGAUACGUUGCUCGAAACGGACCUGUCUUCGAAGACCGCAUCCGCGACAAGGAACAAGCAAACUCGAAAUUUUCCUUUCUUGCACCCAACGAUGCGUACGCGCCCUUUUAUCAGUGGCGACUGUCGGAGGUGCGAUCGGGACGAGGAACAGCUGUUUCAGCAGGAAGAGCAGGAGAUGCCACACCAGUGCCCGAGAAGGCCAAAGGUCCAGAGCCUCCUCCAGAAUUCCAAUUCAGUGCCCGAAUGCCGAACAUCAGCGCGUUGGACCUCGAGGUGGUCAAAUUGACCGCUCUACACGUCGCGCGCAAGGGGAAGAGUUGGAUGACGGCUUUGUCGCAGCGGGAAGCGCGAAACUUCCAAUUCGACUUCCUACGACCUCAACACUCGCUGUAUAACUUCUUCCAACGCCUAGUUGACCAGUACACGCUGCUCCUGCAGACAGGACCAGAAAGCCAAAAGGCGGAGCAAGCGCGUAUCCAAGUACUUCAGGCCAACAUACAAGACCGGUUCCGCACCCUCAACCUUGCAAAGAAGCGCUCAGAGUACGUCAAGUGGCAAGAGACCCAGAAGCAGAAAAAAGAAGAAGCAGAAGAGGCGGAGCGGUUGGCAUAUGCCCAGGUUGAUUGGCAUGACUUCGUGGUUGUUGAGACAGUGCUUUUCACAGAAGCGGACGAACAAGCCGAACUCCCACCGCCGACGACGCUGAACGAUCUUCAGAGUGCCAGUCUCGAGCAGAAAGCAAUGAUGAGUCUGUCUCGACCCGACAUGCGUAUUGAAGAAGCAAUGCCCACCGACGAUAUGAAUGGCUACGCCUAUUCAGGAGGCUACAACGACCCGUAUGCGCACCCUCAACCUCAACCUCAAGCACAACCACAAAACAACGGAUGGGGUCACGAAGCACCUGUACCCGCCUACCCACCGUUUCCGGUACAGCCCCAACCUUCGCCUGCGCCACCUGCCGCUGUUCCCUCUCCUCGGCCUCCCCCAUCAACAGCCUCUCCGGCCCCAGGCCAGCCUCCCAUGCGUAUCAAGUCAGACUACGUUCCGCGGGCACAACAACGUGCCACCCGCGGCGCUACGGCUUUAUGUCCGAACUGCGGCCAACAAAUUCCCGUUGCAGAGCUUGACGCACAUCUGCGCAUUGAACUGCUUGACCCACGUUGGAAGGAGCAGCAAUCCAAAGCCGCUUCACGCUUCUCGACCACCAACCUCGGCGGUACCGAUGUCGCAGCAAACCUCAAGCGCCUGCGCGCCAAGACUGACGGGACUGGUGCAUCCGCUGACCCUGUGGCCGAAGCGGCGGCAAGGGUCUUGGGCGAGCAGGAAGACGAAGAGAGACGCAAGAGGAUGCGGCUUGACGGUGCAGCUGAUCCGACAAAUCCCAGCCUGUAUCCUGGUGCCAGUGUGCCGCAGCAGCCGCCCAAUGUGCAAGAGCAGAUUCGGCAAAUCCAUAACAAGUAUAAAUCUUGA